CUUAAGUACGGUUGGAAAAUAGAAAAAAAAUUUAAAAAGUAUUUUUAAGAAUUUUUUAGUAGAAAGAAAAAACAGUAUCCUUGAAGUGAAAAAUGAAAAAAAAUUGGUUGAUAUUUUUAUGGGUCUUCCUUAUGGGUGGUGUGUUGGAAGUUUGGGCUUGUACCGAAAAAGUUUCAACCACCAAAUAUCGUGUCACCCUAGUGACUAUGCGCAAAUAUCCGGAACAGUGUGUGGGCUUAGAUUGUCCCUUGUCUUUGAAUCCCUUUGUCUUGAGGCCGGUCAAAGAGACCUACACAGAUAUAGAGGAGGUAUGCUGUGAGGGCUAUGAACGAAGAAGCAAAUCAGAUCCUUGCAGUCCCAAAUGUGUCGAUUGCAAAGGUGGCCGUUGCAUUCGUCCCGACAUUUGCCUAUGCCACAGUGGCUACAGCAAUAUGGCGAAUUCAACACUGUGUGAACCUGUAUGCUCUGAACCUUGUGUUAAUGGCGAAUGUACCAAACCCGAUGUUUGUACGUGUAAUGAAGGCUAUACGCUAUUGGAGGGCAGUAGCAGCGAGUGUAUAUCCCAAUGUUCCAGGGACAUCGAUUGCAAGAAUGGCCACUGUGAUGAGAACAAACAAUGUGUGUGCAAUGAGGGUUAUAAACGGGAUGAGGAACAGCGACGUUGUGUUCCCAUUUGUGAGGAGCCUUGUGAGAAUGCCAUGUGCACAGGACCCAAUCAAUGCACCUGUUGGUCUGGCUAUACCUUGCGUCUGGGCUCUAUAAGUAAAUGUGAUCCGGUGUGUGCCAGUGGCUGUACCAAUGGCGAAUGCAAGGAGCCCGAUGUUUGUGCCUGCAAGGAUGGCUAUGCCAACUUUGGAAAUAUCGAAUCGCAAGGCUGUGUGCCGGUGUGUAAGGACAAGUGUGUCAAUGCUUUUUGCACUGCACCCAAUCAAUGCACCUGUUUCGAGGGCCAUGCCUAUCGCAAUCGAUCGCGCAGCAUAUGUGAGCCCACCUGUCCCAAGGAUUGUGAAAAUGGCUUUUGCAGUGAACCGGGCAAGUGUGAAUGCCACGAGGGCUAUGAGAAAGUCGAGCCCCAUCGUUGUGCCCCUGUGUGUCGGGAAUCUUGCAUCAAUGGCUACUGCUCGGCGCCAGAUACUUGCAAAUGCCAUGAUGGCUAUGUCUACACUGAUCAGACGGAGAAGGUUUGUGAGCCCUUCUGUGCCAAGGGAUGUAGGAAUGGAAAUUGCACGGCCCCCAAUAUAUGCACCUGUUAUGCAGGCUAUCAACCUCUGCUGUUCUAUCACUGCAUUCCAAUUUGCCGCAAGCCCUGCAUUCAUGGUACAUGUACGGCCCCCGAUACCUGCCGCUGCUUCAUGGGCCACAAACAGAAUCCUAACAACUCUAAUGUCUGUGAUCCCAUUUGCAAUUUCGACUGCGAACAUGGCAAAUGCAUAGCCCCUGGCACCUGCAGCUGUGAUCCCGGGUACGAAAAGAAAUGGGUCACCGGCAAGUGUGAGCCCCAUUGUCCCCAGAAAUGUGUCAACAGCAUUUGUGCGGCCGGUGGCAUAUGUCGCUGCUAUGCCGGCCACAAAUUGCGCGAGGGUUCCAAGUCCAUAUGUGAUCCCGUUUGCCUGCCCACCUGCAUUAACAGCAAUUGUGUUGAGCCGAACACCUGUGAAUGCUGGGAUGGCUAUGAGGAGACCAAACACUCGAAUCUAUGUGUGGCGCAUUGUCGCCCGUACUGUGAGAAUGGCAUGUGUGUGGCGCCCAACAAGUGCCAGUGCAAUGAAGGCUAUCGCGUAUUCAAUGCCAGCACUCCGCACAGCUGCCAGGCGGUGUGCCAGGAGACCUGCAUCAACGCGGAGUGUCAAAAACCCAACAAAUGUGUCUGCCUGGAGGGUUAUCGUUUUCUGGCCAACAGCAGUGUGGAAUGUGAGCCCAUGUGCGAACAGUCAUGCGCCAAUGGCAUGUGUGUGGCGCCCAACACUUGCAGUUGCAAAUCGGGAUUUGUGGCACGCAUCAAUCCGGAUACGGGCCUAAAUGAAUGUGUGGGCUUUUGCAAUGAAUGGAAUUGUCGUGGCGGCAGCUGUACCUCUUCGACCACUUGUGAAUGCCCCACGGGCUUGGUCUACAAUGUGCUGAGGGGAAUGUGCGUAACGGAGGAUGUGGAAAAGGAGCGUUUGUUUAAUGGUGGUGUUCCUGUAUCGCGCUGGACCAUAGCCACGGUGGCUAUUAUACUCUUUGCCGUUUGUGUCUUGGCUCUGAUAAUGAUCUUUCGAGAGAUUGGACAUCGUCGAGUGAGAGAUAAGCAGCAGGUGCGCCUAAUUGAAAAUCCCUCAUUUGGAGUACUAUUGCCCAAUGAUCGACUGGAAGAUGAGCAUACAGAUACAACACAAGAGCUAAGUAGCUGAACUAUUAGGAAAAAAACCAGCAGAAAAGUCAAAAAAGCCCAACUUAACCAGAAUUUUUUUUAAAUUAAAAUCUUGAUAUUUUUUCUGAAUUUUUAUAUUUAAUUAAAUAUUUUCUAUACAAUCAAACUUAAAAAUAAUUUAAUAUUUUAUUUUCUUAUUUUCAAAUCAUU